AUGACGCCACACUGUGCGCCCUUCAAGCUGCCCUCGCUGGGCACCAUCCAGAUCUCGCCCGACCACACCAUCACACUCGAAGCCGACGCCGUCUUCACGCCGCAAUGCCCCCCGACCGAGCAGUCCCAGGUGAACGAAGGGAGUGGGACUGGGAAUGACAGCGACGUGAUGAGCGUUACCGACCUGCGCGACCCUUUCCAUGCCUCCAUCACGCCCCAAGCCUACGCGACAGGCGCCGCGACCGUCCUCGCCUGGAUGCUCGUCAUCAUGUUGAUCAUCACGCCGCGAACCUUUUUCGUCGGCGGCGCGUCGGGUCGCUCAGGGCUGAUGGGACGACGCGGUAUGAUCAGUGGAGCGGGAGGAGGAGGGUCAGUCAUAGGAGUAGGAACGCGUCCCUGGCUGCAGAAGGUCGCUGCUCUGACCGUCGCCGUCUCAUUAACCCUCGCCACGGCCGACACGUUCGAGAUCGCGGAGCGACAGUACAACGAAGGCUUCAUGGACGCGAUGAAGUUGCGGAAUGAGGUCGUGGCCGGCACAGAGAUCAAGGUGUCGCGUAUCAUCUCCGACAUCUUCCUCUGGCUUGCCCAGGUCCAGACCCUCAUACGCCUGUUUCCGCGCCACAAAGAGAAAGUCAUGAUCAAAUGGAUCGGAUUUGCUUUGAUCCUGCUGGAUAUCGUCUUCAACUCUAUUAACAGCUUCGGUCCGUACAACAAGGGUCACAGCCCACGACACUUCGAAACCGCCAUACCUGCAUUGAGCUACCUCUUCCAACUUUCCCUUAGCAUGCUUUAUGCUGCUUGGGUCAUAUACUACGCCAUUACCAAACGACGAUACGCUUUCUACCACCCGAUGAUGUGGAAUAUGUCGCUCGUCGCUCUACUAUCUAUUGUCGCCAUUCUUACACCUGUCGUCUUUUUCAUUACCGACAUUUCUAACUACACCAUUGCUGGAUGGGGAGACUAUUUCAGAUGGGUGGGUGCUGCUGCCGCCAGUGUUAUUGUUUGGGAGUGGGUAGAACGCAUUGAAGCAUUGGAAAGAGAAGAGAGAAAAGAUGGAAUCCUAGGAAGAGAGAUCUACGACGGGGACGAAAUGCUGAAUACCACGCCAUCGCACGAAAUGAACUGGCACGGAUCCAAGCGUCAGAGCUCUGCAUCUGAUGACUCGAAAAAGUCAGGUGACGGCGGGAACGGUGCGGCUUUUACGUCUGGCCACCGUGACCGUCUGACCAACCUCGCUCAUCGGCUGAACCGCGUCAGGAAACCAUCACCAAAACCAGAACAUAACAAGAAGCGGACCAUUCACAUACCCGCACCACCACCUGCUGCUAGGCGAUCAGGUGGAGGCCAACGUAGCAAGCGGAACACUUACGUCCCGUUGCAGAGCCCAACAGCUCCGCCGCCAAACAUCGCGUCACCCGUAAGCAGAACCGAUACUGCAAGUGCGGACAGUACGGUGUAUACGGUGCGGUAUCAUCCCAUCAGUGAUACACCACCUGCGCCACGCCUUGAAACCGCAAUUGAGGAAGGCGGCACUGCGGGUGCUGCGCAAACCGCACCGCAGCAUAGCUCUCAAACAUCAGUCGAAGACCUAGAAAAGGGUGUACUGACCGAAGACGCGGGUGACGCCCGCGGUCGGAGUCAAUGGAACUGGCAAACUAUUGCUAGCAUGAACCCUUUCCGAAGAAGAGGUCGAUCACCACCGCCGGAGAUUCAAAGGGGCCGCGUCAUUGAACCUCUAGUCGUCGAAGACGUUCCUUUAAAUAUUCCCCAGAGGAACUAUACUGGACUGGCGUUGAAGGAUCGGUUAGGAACAUUUGCCGCCCAGCAGGGCGAACGGUUCCGAAGCAGGAAAGGCUCUGCUCCACAAGACAACGCAAGCCUACCAGUGACCAUCAUCCCUGCCCAGCCGCGUGGACGAACGUGGUCACCAGAGAUAUUGCUGCAGCAGUUGCAAGCCUCGGAAGGAAGUGGCGUUCAGAAUUCGACUGAAGCUUCGCAUACCACACCAUCAGCAACACAUAUCACUAGCACCCCAUCACCACUUCCAACUGGUACCGACGGUCCUGGCAGCCCAGGACGCGCAUCCACCAUACGAUUUACACCGGAAACAUUCUUACCAUUUACCGCUCGGCCACAGGCGCAAAGGGAACGCACCCAAUCCUCAUCGCCGUCUGUCGCUCUGGGCACCGAGGUCUCCGAAAACAGUGGAGAGACGACUCUGUCACAAGAGCAGGAGCAACGAUCGCAGAGUAACCACACGCCCACCCCCUCACAACCGACAAACCACGACAGAUGA